UCGUCGCUGUGCGCAUCUCGCGUUUCGAAAUUACGACUGAAGGGUGGCGUUGGACUCUGACACUUUCCGCGCAUUAACCCCGACCACUAACAAAUAAUCGCCCAUCAUGUGAACCACGGCGCCGACCAUGACCAAACACGAACCUCCGCGCGCCACUCCUCAGCCGGUCAGCCGAUGCUGCGCGCCGACUUGUACCAACAGUUCGGACAAUACGAGCGGCGUGUCUUUUUUCCGAUUCCCCAAAGACGAAGAGAGAUGCAGAAAGUGGGUGGCCAACUGCGGACGGCUGGACUUGCGAGACAAGCCGGCCGAGAAGCUGUUUGCCAACUACCGGCUGUGCUCGGCCCAUUUCACGAAGGAGAGCUUCAGCAGCACCUACCGCAACCGGCUCGCGUGGAACGCUGUGCCCACUCUAUUUAAGCAUGGGGACCAAGUUGUGUCCAAGGGCAUCAACAAGCAAAAGUUGCUGCCCAAUAGAAGCCAGAAAAAGUUUCGGCGUUUCUUUGGCUUUGCAAGUAAGCGUCGGACAUCGGUUCAGCGACGGCCGAACCCUGUCGUACAAACAACGGCCGCCAGCCCUCAGAAGGCGGCUGUCAAGCAGAGGCCUGCUUUGACGACUUCUGUUGAAGAGGAAACCCUCGGCGAGCAGCAAGUAGCUGAAGAGGAAGACCCGCCUCGUUUUCCCGACCACAUCGAGGACCACAUGUACGCUGUCCCCACUGUGCAUCUUCCAGAGGACUUGGCUCAGAAGACAUCUUCUGCGACACCGAGGUUCACGAGCUUCAAGUUUGACCCCGAGGACCAGAAUCAUCUCGUGAUGAACGUCGUGGAUGGCGAGGAUCCUGUUGCCCUCAAGGCUGCCAUGGAGGCAGUGGAAGCGGCGCUCCCGCUCCUGCAGCUCAGUCAACAGCCACCGCUCGUCCAGCAGUCGCACACGAGCAGUGGGGCGAUGACUGGGCCGACCAUCACCUAUGUCACCGUGCCUCCCUCUUCCUCCUCCGCGGUGGCGGGCGGCAGCGGGGGCGAGGCCUUUGUAGUCGGGAGCGGGCCCGUUGAUUCCGUACCUGCGGGGACGACGUUCACCGUGACCAUGCAGGACCCAAAUUCCACAGAAGUGACCGUCUACCCGCCGUACCCCAACGAUGGCUUGGAAGACGAGUACGUCGACGACGAUUCGCAGGACUACCUGCAGCCGUCGUCGGAGCCGGUGACUCGCACCGUUCGGCAUCACAAGUCCCGGAAGGGUCCUCGAAUGAUGCAGGACUUUCUUCUUCCCCACCUUGACGACGGCACAUUUGGUAACCGUUUGAAGUGGGUCGACCGUGACAAUGGCAUCUUCCAGAUCGGCUGGUACCACAAGAGCGCAGCUCAGUGGACAAAUGACGACUGUGUGGUGUUCUUGGAAUGGGACAAACUGAAGAAGCGGCCUGUUGCCCAAAGUCCACACUACUGGAUGGAGGCCAAACAGCGCUUCCGGGCUGCCCUGGGUAAAGUGUCGUAUGGAUGGACGCCACCCAACCGCGACGAUUACAAGAACGUCAAGCUGCGGAAGAUAAAGUGGACAGACGACAUGCAGCCACCGCUGGGCUGGCACUGGAAGUCAUGGAACGGGCCAGUAGCAGCACCUGCAGGGCGAGUCCACAGGCCAACGAUCAGCCGUGUGGAGAAGCUGGCUUCAAUGUCCGCCAUGGAAGAAAUGGAGGAAGAGGAGGAUGUGGACGGCACGGCAAUCGGUGAAGUCGCGGUGUGCCACCGGUGCGGCUACGUGACGCGCAACCAGCGAGUGUUUCUGCGCCACCGAAUGAUGCACCGCGACGUGCGGGCCUUCAGCUGCCGAUACUGCCCCGCCCGGUUUUGCCUGCCGGAGAGCCUCUUCCUGCAUUUGCAGGUGCACACGGAGAGCCACCCGUACACGUGCUCGAGCUGUGGUGUACGCACGCGCCUGCUGCUCCAGCUGUGGCGUCACGAGCUGCGCAGCCUCGCUCAGCGUCUCUGCCUGUGCCACCGCUGUGGCCUCAUCUGCCACAUCCGCGAGAACCUGCGCCAGCACUUGCUCAAGGUGCACAAGGUCAGCGUGUCGGCCGCGUUCGACACCAAGCCCUUCCAGGUGUGCCCCGGUCCCAUCAAGGCCAUCAGCGUCGGAAUGGCCGCCAAUGGCAGGGCCUCUUCCUCCUCCGUUUCUGCGCAGCAGCCAACAGCGUGGGCCGGCGGAAAGCUGGCUAAAUGCCCGGCGAAGACACCGGCCAAGCCGAAGACAGUUAAGGCAGCGCGAGUGCCAGCACAACAGAAGCCAGGGAAACUGGGUCGGAAGAAGCAAGUGGAGAUGGCCGCUGCUGCCAAGCCGCUGAAAUCUGCCGUCAAAUCCACAUCUGGAGUUGGGCGAGGGAGAAUCACCAAGUCAAAAGCACCACGACUUCCGCCGGCGGUAGCCACAAAGUUGAAUUCAGUGGAAGGGAAGUCAUCCGUGGGCGCGCCAAGCGCGAAAAAGGUUAAGAAGGAGGAGAAUGAAAGCAAGCUGGGCAUUCCGAAAGCUGGCGCUGCUCCCAUCGGCGCGUCAAACCACUUGCCGAAGGCGCAGCAAGGGUGUAAGGCGGAAUCGGAACUCUCGACACUCGGCGACGCCGUGCACACGGCAAGAAAGUCUGCUCCCAAGAUGGCCACCGGUGUGCCGACAAUGGUGGCAUUUCAGACGCCGUCGGGAGAGAUGUCUCUCGAGACGUCGACGUUGAAUGCAGCACCCGCGGAGCAGGGGAGGCGGAAAACGCAGCGCAUUCGCAUUCCAAAGCGCAAGAUUUCUGUCUGAGCCACUGGCUUCUGGACCUGGUGGAGCAGCUGCUCUGUUAGUCUUUUCUAGGCCAUUUUGGAGAAUGUUUGUACCUUUUGUAACGCCUGCCUUGUGAUUGUCCUAAGCCUGGUCAAAAUCACACGCUCACCACGUAGUGAGUCCGCGAGAAAAAAAUAUAUUUAUGAGCGCAGGGCACAAAUGCAAUUUCGAUUAUAUAGUUGCUCAAAACUGUGGCUCACAGCGGUCUGUGUGCCAGUGAGGCACUCCUCACCUGAACAUGGAGCCAUGCUGAGAAAAGAUCAACUUUCCCUAACGAAGAAAGCUGCGUAAAUUCUCAUAAUUCCUUUUCUUUGACGUAUUAUUUGUGCAUAAAAGUAUGUGAAAUUGAUGCAAUAACCAUAUCAUUUUCAUUCAAAUAAUAUGGAAUACAUAUGGAAUUAUGACGUUGUAUGCAGAAUCUUUUCAGUACACGUAUGUCUCAGCUUUUGCUGAUGGCAGCUUCUUAUAUAAGGCAAGCUACAAGGAGAGUCAUGCUUGUCUGUUAAGCUUGAAAGCUUUUAGGGGGUGUGUUCUGGGAUUCCUCAAUGUUGCAAGCAAGGGAGAGAGCUGGGAGAGUCGUUUCACGUUGAAGUAAGAACAUAUUUAUUUCAGGCUUCAGCAUGUCGUCACUGAUAAUUAGUAUGCAUGUGCACACCUCCAAGAACUUUAAGCAUAACUGAAUUGGAUGAACAUCAUUUGCAGUCUGCUGUUAACUUCUUGCGACCCCCCCCCCCCCUUUUUUUUCUAUCUUUAUUGUCAUGUGGAGGUGCCUUGAGAUCCAGUCUUGAGCACUUUUCAACUGAGUUUUUGUUGUCAAAAUUAAAUCAUCAACAUUGCUUUCUUGUAAUUUCAUUGUGUGCGCGUGGAUUUCUACGUAUGUUAUGCAGAGUGAUACAGAGUUACGUUUAGCAUUGUGCCUGCAUAAAAGCCUAAAGAAUGUAGGCUACAGCCUAUAGAAUAUGAAUGCGCACUAAACGAAUGCAUACAAAGACCGUAUGGUGUUAGUAGACUAUUACUUUGUGGUUUGGCUUCACGUGGCAUCGAGCAGCAAUUGCACAUAACCACAUUUUGUCUUGCAGCUAAGAAGUGCUCUAAGUUGAACUAGAGUUCUUGGUAUAUCAUUCUUUUGUUCUUCUGUCUUCCCUGUAUUUCCCAUUCUCCAAUAAUUAUAGAUAAUAUGUGGCACAACCUUUGCUGUUUCGGGAAUGCAAGCAACUAAAGAAAGUGCGCACUAACUGGUUUCUUUCAUCCUGAUUCAUAAAAAAUAAGCAUAUUCGUGUCGUAAUUGCUUGUUCUCAAGUUAUGGUUGUGUACAUGUUUUGCCUUGUAAGCUGCAGAGCUUUUCUAGUGCGACAAAUAUGGCUGCAUUCUCUUUCUUUGAUUUCAUCGAUAGAACCGUGGCCAGUGCCAAAAUGGAUAAGCAGAAGUCCUCAUGCCCCAACGUGUAUGGCUUGCGCAUUGCACAAUAGAUUGCAUACAAUUAACUUUUGCCUAUUGCUGUUUCAUUUUUGCUUGACGUGGCUCGUGUCAACACUGCUGACUCAUCGUGGUAAAUAAAGUUGUUUCAUUGCUGGUUU